AGUUGUCGACGUCAUAUCUAAGGCCCCUGCAAAACUUCCCGUAAUUUUUCAUUGAGUCUAGUUGCUUCCUUUAGUUUGUUUGUCUACGGUGGAUAUUCGGUUAUUUUAAAGCGUAGCGUGUGAAGCCAACAGUUUGCUAAAAUGGCUAUGCAAGCGGCAAAAAGAGCUAAUAUCCGAUUACCACCAGAAGUAAAUCGGAUCCUGUAUAUUCGCAACCUGCCAUACAAAAUCACAGCUGAAGAAAUGUAUGAUAUAUUUGGAAAAUACGGCCCAAUCAGGCAAAUCAGAGUUGGGAACACGCCAGAAUCAAGAGGAACAGCAUAUGUGGUCUAUGAGGACAUCUUUGAUGCUAAGAACGCCUGUGAUCAUUUAUCAGGAUUUAAUGUCUGCAACAGAUACCUUGUAGUAUUGUACUACAAUGCAAACCGGGCUUUUCAGAAAAUGGAUACCAAGAAGAAGGAGGAGCAACUGAAGCUUCUCAAAGAAAAAUACGGAAUCAACACAGAUCCACCAAAAUAAACUUGUGUGGGUUUUUUUUGUAAUACAUGGACUUUUGUUCCUAGUUAGGAACGCUUGCAGUGAUGCAUUCAGAACACUCCCAUUCAACGGUGCAUCACUUAUUUUUACAAUGUUGCUUUUCUUAUA